AUACCUCAUUUGCAUACGCCCUUCUAUAUUUAAUAUGACGUCACCCUGUCCAUAAACCGCAUACAGACCGGGGCCGGUCCAUAAUUCUUAUGAAGACCGUUUAAACGUAACUUUCACGAAGUGCAAAUUUCACGACGACACAAACAGACGAUAACUGUCAAAAUGGCCAAGGCUAGCCGAUUCGCAUCAUUAUCUGAGACCGAGUUAGUUAAACUCAGUGAAUCUAAGGAUUCGAAAAACACAAAAGCAGCAACAAAACAUUCAGUAAAGCUGUUCAGGACAUAUUUGGCUGAAAAAGGCCACGAUUCUUCCUUUGAAACUUACACGAACGGGGUUCUGAACAAUCGACUGCGUUUGUUCUACGCCGAGGUUCGAAAUGCGUCUGGAGAACGAUAUAAGAGGACAUCCCUGAUUGCAAUACGAAGUGGAAUAUGCAGGUACUUGUGUCAAUCUAACAACAUCGACAUAACUCGAGAUGUGGACUUUAAAGAAGCCAACGACAUGUUUGUUUGUAUGUGUAAAGAUACCUGCAAAACAGGUAAAGGAACUGUUGAUCACAAAGUGUCCAUCGAGAAAGCAGAUUUAGAGCGUUUAUACAGUUCCAGGAUGCUUGACACUACCACACCGUAUGGGCUUUUAAACAAAGUAUGGUUUGAAUUAUGUCUGUACUUUUGUAGGAGAGGGCGUGAAAACCAACGUGAGCUGAAACCAUCCAUGUUUAAUAUCAGAACAGAUGCCUUAGGCAAGCGGUAUGUCUGUCAGGUGGAUUCAGAAGUAUCCAAAAACCACCAAGGCAUUAAGCAUAGUGAAAUUCAAGAUAAAAAUGUGAGAAUGUAUGAAACGGGUGGAAGAAUGUGUCCAGUAAAAAGCUUUGAGAAAUAUUUGUCAAAACUGAAUCCUAAAUGCAAAGCUCUGUUCCAGACACCAAGAGAGUCCUUCUUUGACUCAGACUCGAUCUGGUAUGAAAAUCGCCCACUUGGGAAAAACAAGUUAGGUACACGUAUGAAGGAACUAUCUGUUGGGGCCGCUCUUUCCCAGGAAUACACCAACCAUUGUAUCAGGGCAACGGCUAUAACCGCUCUCAGUCAUGCAGGAUUUGAAGCGAGGCACAUAAUGACAGUUUCUGGUCAUAGAAAUGAGGCCUCAGUCAAAAGUUAUGUUUGUGACACAACCGUAACUCAGAAAAAAGAAAUGUCUGCUACAAUCAGUAGUUUAGCACCAGAAUCUGCCAGUGUACAUGAGUUUGAAGAUGGCUUGGAUGAUGUUUUGUCACUAUCUCUGUCGCAGACUGAGUCAAUUCUGAAGGAUAUAACUUCUUUUGAAAACCAACAAACAUCCAGUACGAUAAACACUGACCUAGGACAGUUUUCUAAGCCACAUCCGCAACAUCUCUCUGCAGGCGCUGUGAUUGGAUCCGAGCUUGUGGGAGCUGACACAGUAGCGCCACAUCCAACUCGUCUUUCUGCCGGCCCUGUGAAUGAGAUCAACCAUGUGCGAGCCGAAAGUUCACUUCAAAUACAAAACAAUGCCCAUGCUCACGGACAGUCAUCAUUUUCCUUCCAUGGAUGCCAGAUCCAGUUUCAUAAUUAUAACUAGAUGAUUUACACUACAGAAAAUUUAGACAAAAAUCCUACAAUAAAUACUUUAAUUAUUAAGUGAACAAGUUGUGCUUUAAACUUUCAAUAUUCAGUGUAUUAGACUAGUCUAGACUUGUGAUAAAUAUGUAAGAAAUGGAUGAAGAUUUUUUGUAUGUGUCCGAUAUAUACAUUUUGUAUUAGCUGUAUAAUUUAAUUUAAUUUAAUUUUAGUUAUCAUUAGUGUAAGAGAAUUUGUCAGUGAGAUUUUAUUUUGUUGUUAAAUGAUUAUUUUUACUGAAUUUAUUGUUGUGUUUCACAUUAAAUUAUUACAUGUUGAUCAAAAGUCAUGAUUUGUCUUUAAUUUAAUUAUAAAUUUUAUUUAUACAGUUUGUGAAAUUCUUAAAGUCCGGGUGUUUUGCUUAGUAACAUUUAGUAUUUAAUUUUAUUAACAAAAAUGAAAUGUUAAAGGGACUCCACUGAGGUUUAAAAGCCUAAAAACAAAAUAUUUAAAUUUCUUACAUGAAUGAGCUGAGGCACUUUAAAAAGAAAUAUAUGCAAAGAUAGUUAAGAAAUAUACUUUGAAAUGAAUUGAAAAUCGUAUUUUUAUGCUUUUCUUAACCCGAUUUGAGUGAAAAGCGUUUAAACGCUUUUCAUUUUGUGUCAUUUUUUUAAUAUUUGAAUAAUUAUUCUGGAAAAACGAAGUGCGCGAAUGAUCUAAAG